GAAAAUACCAUAAGAGAAAACCACAAGCAAAAAUGAAGUGAAGUCAAAGUCAAAGCAGAAGAUCGUUACAAAUGAAGGAACAUGAUCCUUGUGUUGGGUAAAAGUGUCGAAAGGAAAUGAAAAAGGGCGGAGAUGGGUCAAGUUCAAAGCGAUGUAGCGGCGGCGGCUGCAAUUGAUGAUCAAGCCCGAACCCAGCAGUCCUUCUCUCUCGCUUCCAUGGAUUCUCUUCUUGCAGAAGCUGCGGCUUUUGGCAAUGAUGAGAAUCAGUCUCUUGAUGCGCAGGCACAGAAAGCAUUAGAAUGCCCCUGUGUAGCUGAGCUGCGGAAUGGAGCGUGCGGGGUUCAAUUUACAGAGGCGUUCCUUUGUUUUCUCAAAAGUACCGCUGAAGAAAAGGGUUCAGAUUGUGUGCAUCCAUUUAUAGCCUUGCAGAACUGUAUCAAAGUUUUCUUGACCCUCCUGCUUUCUCGAAGUCGCUCUGGUAAUCGUGUUGCCGCAUCUCUAAUCCUUUGUGAGCUCACUCAAACGAUGUCGGCUUUCGGUUCACUGAGCCUUGCAAUAUGCCCUGAUUACUUUGGGGAUGAAUUUGGUGUGCCUCUAUCGCAAAGCUCGAUGAUGAAAAACCAGGCAACGGAGUUGGGUAAUUCAGGGGUAACCAAGGCACUCCCCGACGAGAAAAAGAAUGGCUCCAUCAACGGCCUGCAGAUGGCACAAACAAGGGAGUCCAGACGUAGAGCACCGGCGCUAGCACCAAUCUUCGAUGGACUACAUUGCUUUGAAACUAUUGUUUUUAGUAAUUAAAGUACUAACACUAGUAGCAGUAGUAAUUUUCAGUGGAUAACGUCAAUUCUAGUAGACCAAGAAAAGUCUCAGAGAGUCAAUCUUUUAGUUAAAAUUUAAAUUUAUGUUAGACUU